CAUCACUAGCUCCUAGCUAGAGAGAGAAACAGAGUAGUGUGUGUGUGUGUGAGAGAGAGAAACAGAGAGACAUGAAGCCCUUGGGGAAUCCACUUGCUUAUUGUGUGAACGAGAGGAAGCCUUGUGUGGGAUGGGUUGAUAAAGCUUUCAAGGACUGUCUGUGCAAUCUGAGCGAUGAAAUCUCUUUCGGAUUAGGGCUUGUGAGUCUGGUUUGCUGGGGAGUUGCAGAAAUUCCACAGAUCAUCACCAACUUUCGCACCAAGUCCAGCCAUGGAGUCUCUAUUUUGUUCCUCCUCACUUGGGUCGCUGGUGACGUUUUUAAUCUAGUGGGUUGUUUUCUUGAGCCAGCAACAUUGCCUACCCAGUUCUACACAGCUUUGCUUUACACGACGAGUACCAUAGUGUUAGUGUUGCAGAGUUUGUACUAUGAUCACGUGUAUAGAUGGUUGAAAAGCCAAAGGAUUGAAGUUAAUCAACCGGUUGAAGAGGUCAAAGAACCCUUGAAACCUCAAAAGUCAGCUGAGUCAGGAAUUCCCAUCACUGGUGGCACACCUAAAGCAUUUUACUACACAUCGGCGAGAUCGUUGGCGAGCAGCAGCACUCCACCUAUUCGAUCUUAUCUAAGGGCUGCUCAAAGUGGUCCCUCAGCCAUGGGACUUGACAACGACUCAUCGUCCGAGGAUGAAACAACUUUUCAAUUUUCGUCCAACAAAAGUAUUAGCCAGCCUAAGACAAUACCACGAUCUGCUGGUUAUGGAGCAUUCCUCGCUGCGUCGGCCAAUUUGCCCAAAGGGAGUAUGGCUUUGAUGGAAGUUUACGUCGGAUUUAGUACUUCAAGAAGACUCCUACAUGAACAUGGGGAAGAGAGCAAUGCCUAUGGCCAAUUGUUGGGAUGGAUGAUGGCUGCUAUAUACAUGGGCGGUCGGAUCCCUCAAAUAUGCUUAAAUAUUAAAAGAGGGAGUGUGGAGGGCUUGAAUCCUCUUAUGUUCGUCUUUGCACUCAUUGCUAAUGUCACUUAUGUUGGAAGCAUUGUUGUAAGGACCACUGAAUGGGAAAAGACUAAAGCCAACAUGCCUUGGUUGCUGGAUGCUGUAGUUUGUGUGGGGCUUGACUUAUUUAUACUGUUGCAGUACAUCUACUACAGAUACAUGCACAAGAAGACUACAAGUGGGACAGAGGACUGUGGACACUACUAUAAAAAAGCGAAUAAAGACAUUUUGUACUGACUGCUUUUUUUAAUUUGAGAUUUAGAGGUCUAGUCUUUGGAUAAAUAAAUUAUUUACUAUAUCUUGCUGCUAACUUUAUGUAAUAUUUGUUCUUUUAAUAAUAUGCUUCGUGUAUGAUGA